AACUUCACUCGGUUCAGUUUUGACGUGACACGAACUGGGUCGGUCGACGAAAAUGUACUCAAUAAAACUAUUGUUCUGUGCGUUAUUACUAUGCUUCUCAGCGCGUGCCAACAGCCAGACGGUGCAUAGACGAUUCGAGUACAAAUACUCAUUCAAACCACCUUAUUUGGCCCAGAAAGAUGGAUCCGUUCCCUUCUGGGAGUAUGGAGGCAAUGCGAUAGCGUCAGGCGAAAGCGUGCGGCUGGCGCCGUCGCUCCGAAGCCAGAAGGGUGCCAUCUGGACGAAGCAGCCCGUAAACUUCGACUGGUGGGAGGUCGACGUCAUGUUCAAGGUCACCGGCAGAGGGCGUAUCGGUGCUGACGGUCUGGCGUUCUGGUACACGUCUGCGCGGGGCGACUACACCGGGGAGGUGUUCGGCUCGUCGGACCGAUGGAACGGGCUGGCGGUCAUCUUCGACAGCUUCGACAACGACAACAAACACAACAACCCGUACAUCAUGGCCGUGCUCAACGACGGCACCAAGGUCUUCGACCACAAGAGUGACGGCUCCAUGCAGAUGUUAUCGGGCUGUCUCCGUGACUUCAGGAACAAGCCAUUCCCUACGCGCGCGCGCAUCGAGUACUACCAGAACACAUUAACUGUGCACUUCCACAACGGCAUGACAAACAACGAGGCGGACUACGAGCUGUGCUUCCGCGCCGAGAACGUCGUGCUGCCCCGAGGCGGGUACUUCGGCCUCUCGGCCGCCACGGGAGGCCUGGCCGACGACCACGACGUCGUACAUCUACUCACUACUUCUCUACACAGCACGCAACAGGCUGGCGGGCAGCAAAUCAGCAACGAUGAGCAACAGAAGCUGUCGCAGGAGUACCAGGAGUACCAGCGCAAGCUGGACCAGCAGAAGGAGGACUACAGGAAGGAGCACCCGGAUGAGGUGCGCGACAAGGAGGGCGAGUUUGAGGACUGGUUCGAGUCAGACGGACAACGGGAGCUCAGACAGAUCUUCCAGGGACAAGGACAGAUCCACGACGUACUGAGAGAACUGAACAAGAAGGUCGACGAGGUGAUCGGCAAGCAGAUGAACUCCCUGUCGAUGCUGUCGGCCGUGUAUUCGCAUGCGCAGGGCCAGCCCGUCGCGGCGCAGCAGCCGGGACAGGCGCCAAUGCAGAUGGGCGGUCUGCCGGUGGCGCGCCACGACUGGGACGCGCUGGUCGCCAACAACCAGAUCAUCAUCAACACCAUCGCGGAGCUCAAAGGGUUCAUAAUCGAAGUGUCCCGCAAGGCGGACGGGAUCGCGGCCGCCGGCGGCGGCGGGACAGCCAUCAACCCGCAGUUCCUGUCAGAAAUGAGAGACAGUCUCCAACAAGUGCAACAGACUGUCAAUGGAGUCGCACAGAGGAUAUCGUCGCCGGCGCACGCGGCGGCGCAGACGGCGUGUCCGACGCCGAGCUGCGUGGGGCUCACCGCCCUAAUAAUGGUGGUGACGUCACAACUCGUCGUCAUGUUCCUUUACAACCUCUACAAAGAAAGAAAAGAAGCUCAAGCGAAGAAAUUCUUCUAAGGUAGUUCCGUACCCCCUCCCCUCCCGCACCCCCUCACCAUAUAUCGAUAUAACAAAUUGUAAUAAAUUAACAAUUAAUACUCAUAUGUGUAAGAGCGAAGAUCUCUAAAAUAUCUACACAUUUGCCUACAAAAAUACAUACACAAUACUUACAUAAUAUAUCUACAUAAUACAUAUACAAUGUUAGAGAUUUUUCAUGAAUAAUUUCUAAUAUUAAUCAAAUUAUAUUUUUAUAUGAAAUAAGUCACCUACUUCUAUUUAUCGCAGUUAAAACACUAGCUUUUGCCUGCGACUUUACGUGGAAUGAUAAUGAUGAUAUGUCCUUCCCCAGGCCUCAAACUAUCUCCAUACUAAAUGUUCGGAUCUAUAUCUGAAUUCCUAAAGUCUUUUCUUCUAUUUUUGCAUUCCCUAAUAUUGUUUGUCAUAAUGAUCAGUUGUCCUAACACUAAAAACCCUAAUUUUGUUUUCCCUAAUUAUUAUUUACUCAUCCUAAUGUUAUUAAGCAUAUUUUCUUUUUUGCGAGGGUCGCAGUUCUAACCCUAACCUAACCUACUUUUGGGGCAGCAAGUUCUAAAACCUAACCAGUUUUCAGAACCUUACAUUAUGGAAAAUAAUCGUUAUGACAAUUGAUCGUUAGGGCAUGUGCCCAUUAGGACAAACCAGUUAGAGCAAGUGACUUUAGGACAAACGUUGUUAGGGAUUCAGAAUGAUACCCUAAAUGUUCAGAUGUUUUUGAGUUCUUCAUCUGUGUACAUGUACUCUCAACAAAUGUAUUAAAGCAUAUUAGAAUUACCUAAGACCUCAAAGUACAACAAUUUGACACUUUUUCCGAAAUUGUGUAAUUUUUUUGGACAUAGGCAAUUUUGAUGUGCAUAUACAUACAUAUUUACACAAAUAUCCGUAUGUAGUGUUUCCUAUAUUCAUUAGGUUUUUAAAUUAUUAUAAAUAUUAUAAAAGUCUUGUCCACUAAGAUUCUUACACUAUGGCGCCAAUACUCUUAAUGAGAUUAUGACAUACAUUAAUGUCGGACUCAAAUAAUUAUAACUUCGGUUUCUAUACUAUUUUCUAUGUAAGUAUACAGGGUGAUCAAUCCAAAUGGGUCAAUAUGGACAAGUCAGAAACUAUGAGAGAUAGCGAAAUCUGUUCUUAGGAAGUACCUAUUUUUAUUACUUGAAUUUUACAUUUUAACGUAAAUAUUUUAUUUAGGAACCAUGGCUUCGAUUUUAGAUUUAAUAAUAAUGGCAUUCAAAUUUUUUUAACUCAUACAUAACCGGGAAUCACUACACACACUACACUCAGCACAACUACUAGCUUAGUAGACAUAAAAAUGUAUGCAGAAGUGCUAAACUAAGUGUUGGCUGACUGUACCUAUUUAUAAGAAGUUUUAAACAGGAACGAUUUUAGAUAUCACAAUAUUAUGUUACGAGCGGGUGCGGGCCCGGUCUUGUCAAUGUAAUGACAAUGGAGAUACAUGAAAGUAUACAGGUUGAUUCACAAAAGCUGGCACGAAUGGAAUGAACGAAACUUUCAUUAUAUGAGUGUGUAUCGGGAUACAGUCAGAGCCACCAUUUUAUUGGUUAAUGUGAUACACACACACACAUGGAUAUUAUCAUUCACUCGAUUCGUGCCAGAUCUUGUGAAUCGACUAAAUACAAAUGAUCGUAACGAGGUGAAAUUAUGAACUUUUUCGGCUAGAGUAAGUGAAAAGCGUGUAAAAAUUGUCAGUUUAACUAGAUGGCGCUGUACGUCGCCAUAUUUUUUGCAGGAACUGGAUUGUUAAACGUCAACUUUUGACAACCGGAGUUACCGCUUAAUAUAUUACAUAUGCUGUAAUUUUUAGUCAAACUCAAAAGUAUUAUGUAUACAGUACAUACUGUCUGACCAAGGGGCUUUAAUUCCAGGGCUUGAUUUUACUCGCUAAACUGAGCUACUUUUACUAUGGGACCAACCCUAAAAUCGGGGAACUUUUUUUUGCAUUUCCAUAGAAAACUUCGACAUCUGAUCAGCCAAAAUGUAUGAAAAAGUAAAAAUUGUUUUCGUGAUUUCGGGGUUGCUGCCAUAAUAAAAGUAGCUCAGUUUAGCGAGUAGAAUCGAGCCCUGUAUUUAAAGCCCCAUGGUCAGUAACACCCUGUAUACGAAGUCAUCUAUUUAUGACAUUGUCAUUACAUUGACUAUUCGACUUAUAACAUAACGUAGAAGUUCAUUUUUUACCACGUCUCGAGAGUAAGAAAUAAAUAAUUUGUAAAUAAUAUUUAUAUUUUUGUGUCCUGUAAUAGUUUUAUUUUUCUCAUUUGUUUUUCUACGAAAUUUUAUUGGACUCCGAAACUUAAGUGAGGUUGUAUUUUUUUAGAUAAAUGAAGACUUGGUUGGCAUUUAUUCUACUUGGUUGUUAAGGAGGAUUCUCGUGCCGACUCGGGGUAUUUUAGAGAUAAUUCUCGGGCGUUCUCGACUUUUCUUAAGAAUUAAUGAAGUUUGUCAUUAGAAAGAUACGUAGUUAAAUAUGUAGCCCAAUUUAUCUCUUAAUAAGUUCGAGAAUGUUAGAUUUUUUUAAAUUAUUUUUGUUACACCUUAGGUAUACUCUUGUAGUUUGCGAUUGAAAGAUAGUACUACAUUUGAUUUUCUGCAAUAGCAGACAGUUAGGGCAUAAAAUCAAAUGUAGGGCAUAAAACUUAUAAUAUUAUUUUUCAAUCACAAACUAGUUGUCAUAUAUUCUUCGGUUUUUAUUUAUUUUGAGUUACCAUUUGAGUUCUUUAGUUCUAGAAAUUUCUCGAGUCGUCUCGAGAAUUCUCCACUUUGUCUUGAAGGUUCUCGUUUGCACUCGCAACUUCUGGUAUCGAAUUUACUAGAAAGAGAAUAAAAUUGUAAUAAAAAAAUACAUUGUUUAUUGUUCAACAAUAAAAAUGUGCCAAAUA